GGACUACACCCUAGUAGAAAAAGGCAAAACCUAUUUACCAAAUUAUCAGCAAAAUAAUAAAUAAAUAAAUAAUUUCCUGAAGCUGAAAAUUAAAUUUGUGCUUUCUUUCUUUCGUUAAUGGAGUUUACCCAAUUGGUGUUAGGGCAAAAAGCUGUGAUUGCAUGGCUCUGCCAUAAAUACGCAAACAAUUUAUGCCCAAUUAACCAAUCCAAAAUACAGUGCGUACAGUAGCUGGUUUCACCAACCUCCUGCAAAUUUUUUCCCUUUUUUGCUCGCACGUCAGUAUAUACAUACUGCACGCUCGCUCACACACAAGCAGUGUGUGUCUUGUGUGUGAGAGAGAAACCUAAAAAAAUUGAGGUUGGAUUUUUGGGUUUUUGCUCCUUCGAAUUUUUUUGUUUUUCUCUUUGAUUUGGUCGGCUGCCAUGGAUGCUUACCCACCGCUUCCAGCAGACUACGUUUCGUUCGCCCAACUCCAAGAGCGGUGGAUCCAGAAACAAGAACAGGAGAAGCUGAAAUCCAAGCAGGAAGAUGAAAAACAGAAGAGAGAAGCUGAAGAAAUCCAGAGCGAGAUCCGAAAUCGGAGCGGAUCGAAAAACAACGGGCACGGAAAACCGUGGGGUGCGUCUCCGGGAAACGCGCCGCCGCGAGUGGUCGGAAAAGACGGCCGGGUGAUGGGCGGCGCGAUUCAAGCGAAGGGAAAGGGGAAAGAGGCUGCAAUCGGCGGUUCUGAAAAUGGAGACGGAAGUAAUUUGAGGAAGAAGAAGAAUAAGAGAAAGAAUGGACGCUACGAGAAGAAGAAUAAAUCUGAUGAAAUCGAAAAGGAAAAAUCGAAGAGUGAUGAGGUGGAAGGGGUCAAGGAAAUUAUUGCGAAUGUGUCGAUUUUGCCGAAAGAUGCAGUGAUGAGUGAGGUGAAAGGGAUCGAAAGAUUGGAUACCGGGGGUGGGGUUACGCGAAACGGGCGUAGCCAUAAUCGGGUUCGCUCCGGUUAUAAGAGCAACGUGUCGAUUUUGCCAAAUGAUGCAGUGAGGAGUGAGGUGAACGGGGUCGAGGAAACUGCGAACGUGUCGAUUUUGCCGAAAGAUGCAGUGAGGAGUGAGAUUCGGGGUUCGGAAAGAUUGGAUAUCGGAGGAGGGGUUAGGCGAAACGGGCAUAGCAAUAAUCGGGUUCGCUCCGGUUAUAAGAGCAACGUGUCGAUUUUGCCGAAAGAUUCAGUGAGGAGUGAGGUGAAAGGGGUCGAGGAAAUUGCAAACGUGUCGAUUUUGCCUAAAGAUGAAGUGAUGAGUGAGAUUCAAGAUUUGGAAGGAUUGGAUAUCGGACGAGGGGUUAGGCGAAACGGGCAUAGCAAUAAUUGGGAUCGUUCGGGUAAUAAGAGCAGAACCGAGUACAGAGUUAGGGUUAAUGGGACUGAAAUGAAAUCGGUUUUUGAAGAGAAGGAGAGUAAACCUAAUGUGGAGGGGGAGUCGAUUAGUGAUGUUAGGGAAAAUGGCGAAAAGGGUAUUAAAUAUCACAGAAAUCGGAAGUCGAAAGAGAACAUUAACCGAGAAAUUGGUCGAUAUGGGGAUCGUUGGAAACCGAAACCGAGAGAGGGUGGUGUUAUGAUGUGGGUGAAGAAAGAAGAUAAACCGGCUGCUUAAGGUGGCUUGUUCGGCAAGAAUUUCGGUAGAUCGACAGAGCAAUGAAAUCCACAGCACCAACUGCCCGUUUUUUGUCCCGUACGGUAAUUGAUGAUGUAUAACAUUGAAAAAAAUUGCUUUUUUUUUUUUUUUUUUUUUUUUUUUUUUUUUUUUUACUUUGAGAAUAUACUUCUAAAUUUGAAAUUAAAUGGCAGAAAUGUACGUUCGGGGUUAUUGCCAUGUUUUCUCUGCUCGGGCUAUUUAUGAUUUUUAUUAGUAUUUUCGAUAGAUUGAAUACUUGAAGUUGAAAUGACGGAAGACGAAUUAAUCAAUUGCAUGAUACUUAUUUCGAUGAUA